AGCGUAUGUAUGUACAAUGUUAAUGCUCGAUCUAUUUAUAAUACAUCCAUGCAGGCGACAUCACUGGCCGUGGACACGGUCGCCUCGGCAACUGCCAUCAAUUCUGUAAACAAAGGCACGCAUUGUCGUGCCAAGGGUCGCAUGAAAAAAGAGUUCCUCGAUCGGGGGUCGCCUGCCCGAUGUGCAAAGAUGUGAAUACGCUGCGACGGCUCGCACUUCUUUUCGCGUUCGCUCUAAGAGGCUGUUCCACGUGCGAAGGUCCUUCGCUUCGGGAUCACGUUUCAAGCGACUUGUGGAUUCCGUCGACGGCGUUGUGGCUGCGACAAUGUCGGAGAAAAAAACUGCGGAGAAGGUCUCCGAGAUUGACGCGCACAUCAACAAACAGUACGACAUCGUGCGACGUCUCGGCAAAGGGGCUUACGGUAUAGUGUGGAAGGCGAUCGAAAGGAAAAAGAAGAAUACCGUUGCGGUAAAGAAGAUCUUCGAUGCUUUUCGAAAUCAGACGGAUGCGCAGCGUACGUUCCGCGAGAUUAUGUUUCUACUGUCGUUCGCCAAUCACGAGAACAUUAUAAAGCUAAUUGGACUGCACAAGGCGGACAACAAUCGGGACAUUUAUCUCGUUUUCGAGUACAUGGAAACCGAUCUUCACAACGUCAUCAAGCGGGGCAACAUCCUUAAGGACAUCCACAAGGUCUUCAUUAUGUACCAACUUUUUAAGGCGGUCAAGUACAUACACUCAGGCAAUGUUAUCCACAGGGAUUUGAAGCCAUCCAACGUACUUUUAAAUGCACAAUGCCAUUGCAAGAUUGCGGAUUUUGGUUUGGCACGAUCGGUUACACAAAUUGGAGAGGGUGACGGCGAGGCAGGAAGUGAUCCAACUUUGACAGAUUAUGUCGCCACUCGAUGGUAUCGCGCACCGGAGAUUCUUAUAGCUUCAAAGAGAUACACGAAAGGAAUAGAUAUGUGGUCCUUAGGCUGUAUUUUUGGCGAGAUGUUACUCGGGAAACCGCUCUUUCCCGGUUCAUCGACGAUAAAUCAAGUUGAGAGAAUAAUGGCAACUUUGCCUCCACCGACAGACAAAGAUCUAAUGUCGGUUAGCGCCGGUUAUGGAAGUAAUUUGUUGGAGAAGACACCCAAUGGGCCCAGACGAACUUUGAAAGAUUUGUUACCGGAAGUGUCGGAAAAAGCCUUGGACCUUAUUAGCAAUUUGAUAGUCUUUAAUCCUUCGCAACGACUUACCGCAGUUAAAGCGCUGGAGCAUCCAUACGUUGCUGAUUUUCAUAGAAGAGGAAAUGAACCAGAAAGGGGUUCCAGCGUGGUACCUUUGUUGAGUGAUGAUGUGCAACUUUCAGUUGACGAAUAUAGGAAUAAACUUUAUGCAAUGAUGGACGAGAAGCAUCGGAAACACAAAAAUAUGCCAAAAUCCAGACUGCGGCAAAUGUCUGAAAGCAUCAAGAAAGAAACUAAUAAUAGUAAGAGCAAUCCGAUGAUCGGCCAAGCAUGUUCGUUAUUGUCAAAUAAGAAGAUAAUCAGAUCAUCUCAAAGUGACAAUAUUGAGCGCGUCACAGGAACACAGAUGAUAAAUAAUUCCAUAGAAACACCGAUGCAAGAAACAAAUUCCCGACAUAAUGUUAGGAACGUGGCGACACAAUAUGCUUGUAACUUGACAAAUGGCUGCCUAGGAAACGCACCCUCAUCGACGGGUAAAAGUUGCUUCUACUUUAAUCACCAGCAGCACUCGCAGCUGUCAAAGUUCCAGCGUCCCAUUCAAUCGGAUCAAAUAGCCAUGCACGACACCGGAGGCAGAUCUUACCAGCCAGCAGCAACGACACGACACGCCAAGCCACUAAGAGCCUGCAGACAGCAGAAUCUCGUGCAGGCGUCCAGACCGUUCGCUCCAGCGUCCGCCAAUUGCGACGAUUAUCGGCUUAAAGCGACGCCGGAUGCGAAAGUGAUCAGGAUCAGCGACAGUUCGAGCGACGUCAGACGGCCCAGCAACACCACCAGGAACAUCAUCAGAACCCAUCAGGAUAUUAGGACGACCGCGGGAGAUGGAAUUGGGAGUCCGCGAUCGCCAUAUCAGAGUCACUAUCCGCAGGCCAUCCGCAACUAUCUGAAUCAGACGAUGCCGACGUUGCAGCAACAUUCCCAGGCGCGAAGUCGCGCAUCUUGCCGUGGUAGAGACAGCCUCGUCAACAACAACAACAACAACAACAACAACAAGUCGUUUGCUAUCGCGGAUCACACCGCUAACAAUCGCGUGAAGAGCGCGGCGCGCAAUCAAGGGGGCAGAUUACACGCGAGGCAGAGCUUCGACGCCAACUAUGCCGGUCAGAGGAGAUCGUCGACGACGUACGACAGGUCGAAGUUCCUCAACAGCCAUAGCCAGAGCUACGGCGUCAUAGCGGAGUCGGUUUAUAAGAAUCUCUGUAAUGGGACUAUAGGCUAGGCUAGGCGUACAGUGGGCCUCGCGAAGAAUAGAAAAGAUGAUGAUUAGGGCGAGAUAAUCGCGGCGAUGAUCGCUUCCCUUAUUCUUUCGAGAUCGAAGCGUGCGAAUCGUGGACAUUGGUUUCUCUCAUAACAUAAUUUUCACGCGUGAUGCGAUAUCUCGAAGAUCUUUUGCGCGCUACGAAUUCGCGAAACGGAAUCCGAAUAAAUCAGCGAUCGAAGCAUCUUUUAAUUUAGGUAGAUGUAAUACAGCAAUCUCGAAGAACGUGUAUUUCCUUUUUAAUUUGAUAGUAAUUUACAUUUAAUCGAAAAUUCCCUUUUGAACAUUCGUCUUCGAACGCAAACAAACUUUACGACAAAAUUGAGAAAAGUUUAAGUUAAGGCUCUUGCUGGCUUAUUGCUAUUCUUAUCUGAAUUAAUGGUGUCAAAAGUGGAAAAACUUAAUGAAAAUUCUUGCAAGGUACAUUACAAUGGAAAUAUUUUCUGAUAAAAU